CCAAGGACUCAAUUAUUACCCUGUGAAAUUUAAGCCUCAAAUAGAUGGUUAAUCUAUUUAAUGAUAGGUAGAUGGCUAAGAUAUCAUUGUCUAGAUAUGGUUUUGGAUUAUUUUGCUUGGCUUAUGCACAUCAUCUUCCGAGUUAGUCAUGCAAUCUGGCCAAGGUUUAUUGCAUCUUUAGCUAACCUUCUUGUUCUGCAAUUGUGCCAUAAGGCAAUAUAAAGGAGAAAUCAGUCAACUAACAAAAAAAGUCAGCCUGGACAUAACUUUAGUCCCUAAACUUUUAUUGUUUUCAAUUUGGUCCCUUACUAAAAUUAUUAUAUGACAUCAAACAAAUAAAUGUGUAGUGAUUCACGCGUCCCAAUAGUUAAUCAUAAUUUAUAUAGCUUAAAUUAUAUUGUUUUAUAGACAAAUUUGAAAAAGUAAAAAUAAAAAUUUAAGGACUAAAAUUGCCACUCCGGACUGAUCUCCUUUUCUGUUAUCAAUAUUAGUUUCUACAAGUCCUCAUUUUUGUUAAUGCCUCAACUGAAAAUCCUUUUCUAGUCCUCAUGUUUGUUUUAACGUAGCAACUAGCAAGUUUUUCUACCUUACUAAAUUUUGUCAUCGUGUUGAAGUUACACAAUUGGAGUUUGCUAAUUUCUUUCCUCUUGGAUUUUUUUAGUUUAACAGUGAAUUGUUGGGCUGCCGAUAUGAAUCAAAGACCUUCGUUCUUGGAGAUUCUCAAGAAGCUCGAAAAGAUCAAGGAAAAUUUAACUCCAGGUCACCAUUGGAACGUAUUCAAUUCAUAGUAUUUAAUUAGAUCAAUAAACUGAUGUUAUGCAUGCUACCUCUAGAAGUCGCCUCCUGCUGUCCCAUUUGUGCGGAUGGUCUUGUGAAUAGACUAUGUUUAAUUAAAAGCUUGUGAUAAAUAUUGCAUACUAGCUCUCCUGCUAUUUAUUCCGAAUUUUCAUGUUGAACAGGGGAGAUCUUGAAACACCUUAGUCCACAAUACUGUGGUUGUAAAAGUCACAUACAUAUUCUAAAAUUGUAAUUCCUAGUGGUCUCAAUUGAUGAUGAGGAAAGAGAUGACUUAUUUUUCUUCGCUCCUUUUACCUUUUUGUAUCUCAUUUGCAAACUUUUGAUUAAAAAAAAAAAAUUUCC